GUAAUACCAACCUGUGUAUAUUUGAUGUCCCGCGAUGCUGUACAUAUGGAAAUCGAAGGAACAUCUCAAUGUCCCACCCAAGUAAUGCUGGCUGCUGCUUUAGGAUGUGAAGAGUUAGGUAUUGCGAACAAGCUAUUAGCGCAAAGUAUUUUUGGAUUAUGGAUGACGAGUGGGCUCUUAGAUAUACAGUUAAAAUCACAUCACCGACCUUAUGCGGUUAGAGUUGUAUGGCAAUCCCUACUAGACAAAUUCAGCAAUGGCAAUGCAAUUGAAAAAAAAUUUGAUGAUCCAAUGAUAAUGCUUAAACGAAAUAUUUUUUUCUCAAAACGUGACGAAGAGAAAAUUAAAGACCAGCGCAUUUUAGAGUUGUUAUACGAAGAAGCCAAGUAUAAUGUUUUAUCUGGUCGAUAUGUAAUGGAAUCGUCCCAUGCUUUUAUGCUAGGUGGUAUACAGGCAAGAAUCGAAUUGGGUCCAUACAAUUCUCAUACCCACACUAUUGGUUUUCUUAGAGAAAACCAAUUAAGAUUCCUACCACAACAUGUUGCAAGAAGUACAAAUUGGGCUUGGUUACCAGUCAGUCGAAAGAGUUCGGCUGAAGUUAAGCUUUUAGAACAACUCAAACGUGUUCCUUUAACUGCGACGACAAAGAAACUUAUGCGCAAGUAUUUGGAAUUUUGCUGGGCACUUCCUUUUUAUGGAGCUGUUUUUUUCGACGGGCAAAUGGAGCAACCGGUUCGUGGUCUAAUGAGUUUGGUUAGUCACAAAGACGUAAGAAUUCAAAUAGCAGUCAAUGAACGUGGAAUAUUUAUUAUAGAUCCUUUUGAGUGCACUUUACUAAUCGGACUAAGGUAUGAGGAUUUAUCAUGGGACUUUGCCAAGCCUCGUGUGAAUAAUGAUCCAGACUGUCAAACUUGUAUAUUUAUUCAAUUUGAUACAAUGGAGAAUGGAAUUCAGGUUUCUAAAUUAAUGCAAAUAUUUUCCAAACAAGCAAGUAUGAUAGACGCCCUCAUCUCAUAUUUUACUGAACAAAUUCGAAAACUUCAAGUGAGUGGAAACACGUGCGAUCAAUAUCAUGCAGUCCGUGCUGCCCCAUUCGGUGUGGUGGGCAUUGGCGUCGCAGCCCAUGAUGAGGGGCAGCUUAUUCCGCCUGCAGUGCUCUACUAG